GUUGUAGUGUUUGGUAGACCCGCGUAAGGCGUUGCGGGUGAGAGAAGGCGGCGCUGGAAGCGCAUCGCUAAAUCCGCUUAUCAGGACCCGUACCUACCUGACAGGGAAUAGCGGCCUCCGAGGUGGGAUAGCGGCGUCGAUAAGGCGGCUUUACCCAGCGUGUGUAUGAGCUGGGGGGGAAGGAGAGAGCGGUGGGUACAGACUUUAGAGCGGAGUACCCGUUUCUUUUGAGGGGAAGACUGGGUGAAACUUUGAUAUACAAGAGCUGAAAGUGCUUAAUAGAGGCCUGUCGUUAUUACCUCAGAGGAGCCCUCCACCUAUCAGCAGGCUGUGGGACUCAGGUACCCUACCUGUCCCUUUCUGUCAGCCUCGUCCACCCCUGAGCUAUACCUGGCCACCCCCUGUAUGAGGUGACCUAUGAAGUUGGCUGCUGAGGAAGUUAUUGCAGUUUUCUGUACGCUUCUGUCAUUGCCUGGCCUGCUGGCUUUGUACAUUCAAUAAACCCUCUAAGUGACCUGCUGUCCUACUACUCUACAGGCCAUCCUCACUGCUUGUCUGAUGUCCAUGACCACUGAUCCCCUGGGCUAGGCUGCUCCACUCGCCUACAAGGUGAGCCAGAGACACUCAUUUUAUGAAUUGCGCAUAAUCGCUUUUACUGGAGCAGAAAACGAAUCGAUUUCAUAGAACUACAGAGAACGAAGAUUUGGCAAUUCAGAUCCAGUCUCCUGCCAUUCAUUUGGAUUGAGUUGGCCCAGAAUAAACGCAAGGAAUUGCCCCACCAUGUCUAGUAGUGAGCGAGCGAAGAAGAUCAUGGAUGGAUUCAAACUAAAUUCAAUGAUUCUUCGAGAUGGUGAAACCGGAAAAACCAUGUGGCAAGGAGCAGAAGACCUUUCUUUUCCGGGUGUUGAACAUGAAGCUCGUGUUCCAAAAAAAAUCUUGAAGUGCAAAUCUGUGUCCAGAGAGAUAAACUUUGCAUCUGAAGAAGAGAUGGAGAAUUUUCGACUAGAACAGAAAGUUUACUUUAAAGGACAGUGUUUAGAAGAAUGGUCUUUUGAGUUUGGUUUUGUGAUGCCCAAUUCAGUGAACACAUGGCAGUCCAUGAUCGAAGCUGCUCCAGAGUCUCAGAUGAUGCCUGCUAAUGUUUUAACUGGUAACGUCAUCAUAGAAACAAAGUUCUACGAUGCUGAUCUUCUUGUCAGUACAUCGAGGGUCAGGCUGUUUUAUGUUUGAAUCUUCUACAUUUUUUUUUUUUUUUUUUUUAUCCCACCUUCCUUUUCCACGUAUAUUCUUUUUUUGGAAAACAAACAGCUUGUUGGGUGCUAUGGACUUAAUUGCAUUCUGGGUCUACAUCAAUUCCAAAUAUACUUUAAGGAGACCGCCACUGCAAUACGCUGUUAUCGUAUGGAGCAUUAGGCAAUCGACUUUCAAAGUUAAUCAUUUUCCACCGUACUUCUACUUCCAGAAGCUUUUCAAUGCUGAUUAUUGAAACUUGUUUAAGUUAUUUCAAAAACGUCUCCUUGACAAGUGAAAGAUAAAUCCAUUUCCAUGGAAAUACUGUUUCAGUUGUACAUCUGAGAAGAUUUUUUUAUUUUGUUCAGCCAUGAUCUGAUUAAUAUAGAUGUUUUAACUCCUAUAGAUGUGUGCAAUUGGAGAAACAUAUUGCAGUCAUUGUUUGACACAUACAUGAUUUUUUUCCAAAUAUAUUUAUACUUUUUAAUGUAGGUUUUCAAGUAUUUAACAAUGACCAAAUACAAGCUUUAUAGGCACAUUGUUCCUCGGUAAGCCUAGUUCACAUAUGGUACAGCUUUAAAGGACUGUUAGCAGGCUGCAGCACUCAUUUUGGUGAACGUUCAACGCUUCCAGACUAGUGAUGAAAAGUUCACACAACUUCUGCCUCCUCUCUCAAUGCUCAGAGGUGUUCUGUCCAAGCCACUAUACAAGGAUCCCAAUAGCUGAAAGAUGGGAGGAAAGCAAAGAGUAUGUGGUGCUGGAAUGGUAGGUUAAGUUAAUGUUUUUCUUUUCUCUGCACUGAACACUUCACGGUUCACUUUAAGGGCUUCUUGAAAGCUUAUUGUAACUUGUUGUACACAGUUCUCCUAAAAUGAGCAUUUGCAGGCUCAAUGCUACGUUAACGAGGUCUUACAGGAGCUUGUACUAAUUCUAACACCACUCAUACUCCUUACAAGUGGUAACGCUGAUAUUUCCAGAUAACUGUGAGCAAAAGCAACCUCUUACAAGACCUUCAUCUUAUUUUUCAGAUAGCAAAAGGGAUAUAUAUUACAGUCCUAUAAAAAAUGGAAAUAACCAUGCUAAUUAUUUCACUUGUGCUUUUGCCGAGAACUGGACACCAUGCAUUGAAGACUGGCCAUGAAAACAAACCGUUCAUUCUGUUUUUAUAGUUGCUUUUGGUACUAUAGGUUAAAAACACAGUUUCAUUAUUAGGUUAAAAACACAGUUUCAUUAUUUGGUCCUGUACUACUUCUCAUGGGUUCAGUACUUAUAACAGGAAAAAAAAUAUAUAUUUAAAGUAAAUCUGAGAUAGCAAAUAAAUAUAAUGGUGAAACUUAAAAACA